AUGACGAUGCCCGGAUUCUGCCCGUCAAUGGCGGCUCCAUCUGCCGGCCACCCUCCCAUCUGCCUCGCCGACGCUUCAGGGGCAGCGGGAUCCCAAGACAUGCUGCGGCCACGUCUGGUGCUCUUCGGCGACUCCAUCACCGAGCAGUCCUUCCGCCCCGGCGGGUGGGGAGCGGCCCUCGCCAACACCUACUCCCGCAAGGCUGAUGUUGUUGUCAGAGGCUAUGGUGGGUACAACUCAAGAUGGGCCCUGUUCCUGAUCCAGCGCAUUUUCCCCCUGGUUGGGUUACCACCUGUUGCGACGACUAUUUUCUUUGGCGCUAAUGAUGCAGCGCUUCCAGGACGAACAAGUCAGCGGCAACAUGUUCCGGUUGAGGAGUAUAGACAGAAUCUCAAAACAAUUGUUAAUCAUCUGAAGCUGUCUCAGACUAGCUCUAACUCUGCCUGCCUAGAGGAUUGUUCCAAGUCCAUGGUAAUUUUGCUUAUCACUCCACCUCCUAUUGAUGAAGAUGGAAGAGAAAGAUAUGCACGAUCGCUAUAUGGAGAAGAUGCGAGAAGGCUCCCUGAAAGGACAAAUGAAAUGGCUGGUGUCUAUGCAGGUCAAUGCAUAGAACUAGCCAAAGAAAUGGAUGUUCACUGCAUUGAUAUUUGGUCAAAGAUGCAAGCAGCUGAAGGUUGGCAGAAACUUUACUUAAGUGAUGGACUGCAUCUGACGCCGGAAGGAAACGCCCUGGUCCACAAGGAGGUCGUGCAGGCCUUGAGAGGAGCUGGUCUGAAACCUGAAGAUAUGCCGCACGACUUCCCUCAUCAUUCCAAAAUCGAUGGAAUUCACCCAGAAAAGGCCUUCCAGUGA